AUGGCUGUGUUGGGAUGUCCAGACAUCAGACGGUCCACGUCAUCGAGUCUAAAUCCGAUGGUUCACGUCAUCCAGCCGAAAUCCGAUGGUUCGCGUCAUCAGUCGAAUCCCAUGGUUCACGUCAGCCAUCCACACAAUUCGCUCGGUAUUCCUUAUAGUGGUUCGAAUCUUUGUGAAAGGCGCUUUUGGACAUUGCGUUUUGAAGGUUAG